AUGGCCUUCUACCACAACGUUGGGAAAAGCAGAUGUCUAGGGGCAUCUACUGAACCAUUUGGUCACAAAAGUAUUCAGGAGGUUUAUCGGAAUGUUUGUAUUUUUACCUACCGGGACGCUGAAAUUCUUUUUGUCCAUGAAGAAUUGGGCGAUAAGGAAAAGCUCAUGGGAGCAUGCAGCUGGGCGCAUCAAUUCUUCUUAGAGUGUAUCGAGUUGAAAGUGAAGGUCGCACUGCUCAGUGCAGAAAAGGAAGACUGGAAGAAGAAGGAGGAGGAUUGGAAGCGUAGAGAAAGCGAGCUCAAAGCAGAGAAGGACCUGUUGUUGGAAAGGGAAAGCGAGCUCAGAGCAGGGACGGACCUGUUGUUGCAGAAGUUGCGCAAGUCUUUUAAUCCCGAGGACCCAUGGAAACGAAUCUUACAUUCGUACAGACUGGAAACACUGCCUUCUCGUCAGUCACUUGCCAGGUUCUUGCAGAUCGUUCCUGACGGUUUAAGCAUACCGCUGGCGCCGUGGACUUUUACUAGGCUGGCAGCCACCGAGUCCGAGUAUCGGAGAGCUUUUACUUGUGGAGAACCCGGUUAUCACUGCCAGAUGAUCUCCAGGCAAAUCGACUUGCUUUUGGACCUCUAUGAUAAGCCGGAGAAGAUAGACUGGACGGAAAAUGCGUGGAUAUCGCAUUGGGACUCCUGGUUUAUGGAGACCAUCUUCUUUUGCCUGCCUGACGACUGUCCGGUAGUUACAGGCAGGGACACGUCCUACUAUACAUCUACAGGGACCAAGAGGCCACAUAGCGUUUUGUACGUGCUGCCAGAAUUGAUCGGGGUGUUCAGGGGAGAAGAGAAGAGAUGGGCUGGAACACUUCUGGCGGGCAUUGAAAAGGCAAAGUCUCCUCUGGUCGAGCUAGAAACCAAGCCGGUGUGGAUGUUUUAUGGGCUGGAAUAUAUACUGGGGUACGCUGCAGUAGGUCCAGAAGUAUUUGUUGUGGCUCUACACGAGGACUCGACUGGAGUCUAUAAAAUCGGGAAGUCACGCGCCCAACAACUUCUACACUUCAAAAGAGACACUAAGGGCAGCCUUCCAGAGAUACUGAUAUGUCUGUUCAACAUUGUUCGCAUCAUACCAGUGUUGGGCCGGAUUUGCAGGGAACUUGGUGUUGAGCGAGACAUCGUUGUCUUCGAAAGCCCACGCAAGAUGGUUCGACUCAAUGGCUUUAAGCCUGUAAAAAAGACGUACGAUUCUGAGGAGGCUUGGAGGAACGUCCAAGAAAUCUACGAGGCAAUUGGCUUGGUGAAUGAGAUAGUAAUUCCAGAGGCUGGAAUCUUACUGGAUUCUCAACACGAAUAUCUGCUACGUGGUGCGAAUAUAGAAAGACUCAUUGGACAUCAAGAGCCCGUUCCUGGGAAAAAGAAAGGCUCUCACCUCUUUUAUCCUCGGUUGAGCUAUGCAGCUAAGCCGAGAAACGGGCCUGAGCUCGUUGAGGCCCUGCUGGACACGAUUAAAGCCUUGGAACACCUACAUAAGCUUGGAUGGAUGCACAGGGAUGUGAGGUGGCCGAACAUUCGUCGGAGCUUUGAUACAGGGACAUGGUGGCUUAUUGAUCUUGAUGAUGCAGCUAUGUCUCCUCAAUUGUCAGCUCCAAAGCACCUGGCUGCGGCUAGUCAUGCGCCUGAGCUUUCUUUAGGAAGCGGGGAACAUGGUAAAGAAGUGGAUAUAUGGUCACUGGGAUAUUUGAUCAGGUCGUGGCAGAGUGAACAUUUCAUUCGACCUGAUUUGGACACCUUGUCGCGAAUAUUGAUGCAGACUGACCCAGCAGCUAGAGGCACUUUAGAUGAUGCUCGCCGAGAACUUGAAAGGAUAUACAAAAUGAUGUGA